AUGCAGAUCCCAUCCGACGCGCAACGUCCACGGUCUCCGACCCCCGAACCAGUCAUCAACGACGUGAUCAAGGAGAUCUGCAGUAGAUGGGGCAUACGUGAAGUGCACCAAGCACUUCCGAAUAGCCUCAGCUAUAAGCACACCACUGACAUCGAGAUUUGGGGCGAAGAAUUCCUGGUCCUCCUUCUAGAUCUAGCAAGCCUCACGGAAGGAAAGCUGGACGAGGUCCAGAAAAAGAUCCAAGAGCGUAUUGAAAGUGGUCGGAACACGAAACUCAGUCGCGACACAUGCACGACGCGAGCAGAUAUCCUGGCGCUGAUCAGGCACUAUGAUCAGGAAGACCCCGAUGCUGAUGACGACUACAUGCCUCCCGUGCCGAAGAAGGAACGUCGUUAUAACAGGUAG